GGAUUAGAAAAUGUUGCAGUGAAGACUGUGGAAUGAGAUGAGCUCACGCUCCAGAGCCCAGCCUGUCUUUUGUGGACCUACACAAUGAUUCGAGAGCCAGGCUGGAUUAGGAAACCUCGCGACUAGAGGUCCAGAGAGAGGUUGCGGGUUCCCAGGCGUGUGAGGGAGAGAAGGCUGAAACGAUGCAUCAGAUUUACAGCUGCAGUGAUGAAAAUAUAGAAGUUUUCACCACUGUGAUUCCUUCCAAAGUGACCAGCCCAGCCAGGAGAAGAGUCAAAAGCUCUCAACACCUCUUGACUAAGAAUGUGGUAAUCGAGUCAGACCUGUACCCGCCACGGCCCCUGGAGCUGCUGCCGCACCGCACUGACCGCUGGGACACGGGCGAAGUCCGCAGGUUUGGCCGGGUCCAGAAUGCGCGGCCACCCAGGGCACAUCCCACCAAAACACCCACCAGACCUGUGGGGAUUUCUGAACCUAAAACAUCAAAUCUGUGUGGAAAUCGAGCAUAUGGAAAAUCACUGAUUCCUCCUGUGGCCCGAAUCUCAGUGAAAGCUCCAGCUGCAGUAGAGGCAGCAGCCACAGGCUCAGAGAAUGGAGCUGUUCUGGGGAGGGGAUCUAGACACCUCAAGAAGAUGACUGAAGAGUAUCCAACACUUCCCCAGGGAGCAGAGGCCUCCCUCCCACUGACAGGCAGUGCUUCCUGUGGUGUCCCCAGCAUCCUCCGGAAAAUGUGGACCAGGCACAAGAAAAAAUCAGAAUAUGUGGGAGCCACCAACAGCGCCUUUGAGGCUGACUAAAGAUGACCCCUCUCAGGUACCUUGCAUUGAUCAAGGUUCAUAGGACACGGGAAGAGAGAAAUCUGAAGACUGGGACUGAACCACACUCACCUCUCUUGGCAGCUGGUCCAAAUGCAUCAUCUUCCCUCCCUAGCUAGGCACUCUGGUUUAGGGCACAGGAAAGGAAUGUGCCUGGAAGGCAAAAGAAAGCUGUUCCUUAGAACUGCUGAAGCCAUUAGUCUGAAAGUCAUUUUUGGAGGUCAUAGAGUUUAUAUCCCUAUCUUUAGACAAAACUAUAUUAAAAUCAAACUUUCCCAGCCCAUCUGUUUUAACAAAAUAUAAGAUUUCAGGUAUAAAAGCUUAACAUUUGAGUCACUUGUAAAACCAAUGAUUCUCUCUAUUGCUAUUUCAUGUUUAUUUCACCUUGGUGAGGUAUAAUUUUUAAGGACAAAGCAUUAUGUACU